GUGAAUUUUAUCUUGAACCGUUGAGCCAAUGACAAUUCGGCUUCCACAAGGCUCAAGCGAUCAAGACCUGAUUGGACCGAUAUCCAAACCCUUAAACUUGAAUUGUCAAUAACCCACCGACCACCGUCACUCUUCGCAGCGCGCGGUCAACUCAUUGGCGCCAAACAAGAUGUACUUCUCCGGCUAAUUCCGGCCGGCGCAAUGGGGAGAAAGAAGUCUCACAAGAAAUCACCGCCGAAGACUCAACAAGCAUCGAUGAUGACUUCUUCCGCCUCAAUUUUUCAUCUCAAUUACAGGAAAACUUCCCUAACUGUUAUGGUAAUUCUCGCAAUAUGUUUGAUAGCUCUGUUAAGCACUUCGUCCAGCAAAGAACGUGUAUUUGGACCGUCUGAUCUUUCAUCACCCAAUCAGUUGUACACCGGCGAAGUCAUCAAUGAGUUCCCUCAUGAUCCCAACGCAUUUACUCAGGGCCUUGUAUAUGCUGAAAAUGAUACCUUAUUUGAAUCAACUGGACUUAAUGGACAUUCAUCACUUAGGAGAGUCUCUCUUUCGACCGGUGAGGUAGAAGCUAUACGUGAAAUGCAGCAUUCUGAUUUUGGGGAGGGCUUAACACUACUUGAUGACAGGUUGUUUCAAGUAACUUGGCUGCACAAUACUGGUUAUAUAUAUGACCGACACAAUAUAAGCAAAUCUGAGGGGUUUACUCAUGAAAUGCAAGAUGGUUGGGGAUUGGCUACUGAUGGAGAAGUUUUAUACGGAAGUGAUGGAACUUCAACAUUGUAUCAAAUUGAUCCGCAUACUAUGAAAGUGAUAAGAAAACAUACAGUUGAAUAUCAAGGACACAAAGUGCCAUAUAUCAAUGAGCUUGAGUAUGUAAAUGGUGAAGUUUGGGCUAAUGUGUGGAUGACUGAUUGUGUUGCUAGAAUCUCCCCAAAAGAUGGCAUGGUGCUGGGAUGGAUUCUCCUUCCCAAUUUAAGAGAAGGAUUAUUAGCAAGUGGGCACACAAAUAUUGAUGUAUUGAAUGGCAUAGCGUGGGAUGCAGAUAGAAGACGAAUUUUUGUGACUGGUAAACUAUGGCCAAAACUUUAUGAGAUCAAGGUGCACCCAUUGAAGACCCCAUUCCAGGGAGAUAUCAAGAUGAUGUGCAUUCCAUCAAGAGUCCAUUUUUGACUGUCAUGUAUAUCCAUAAUUGAGCUUUGAAGCCAUUAAUGGAGCUUCAAGUUUGCUGAGGUACAGGAAGGGGGCAUUCAUACAUAUGGAGGGAAACCUAUUUAUAGGAAAAGGAGAAGGUUCAAUCUUACCCUAAUGGGUCAAAUGGGCCGAAAAGGGCCUCACUAAUCGGGCUUUGUACGGGUUAGUGUAUCAGCUUCCAGAACACUAGUAAGCCAGAUUCAAUAUCCCUGCUUUCUUCCUCCUAGGCGUCAUCGUCCUACAACUCUUUGUAAAUCUUGGGAAUGGUUUCUUUAUUUAUAAUCCGCCUUUGGUGUUGCGACAAGAGUUGUACCAUUUGUUCGUUGGACAUGACAUAUCUAGGGUCAUAAUUAACCUCCCAAGUCCCAAUUAUCACGGAUUUGUGACGAAG